UCAAAUUCAAAGACAUUAGUUUUCCAAAUCUCAAAAUUGAAGCUAGACAAUAGUUUUCCGUCUGCGAUGUUUAUCCCUGACGAUCUCAUCGGCGAGAUCUUCUCCGGUCUUCCCGUGAAAUCUAUUCUACGGUUCAGACACGUUAGUAAGUAUUGCGGUAACCUCGUUUCCGAUCCCGAUUUUGUAAAAUUUCAUCUCAAGAGAUCAUCAAAACGAAAUCCGCAAUUCAUACUAAAGACUGAUCACACCAUCAAAAUCCUAUGCGAUUCCAAUGACUCGCAGGUGGAUGAAGGUUUCAUUCCCUACUCUGUCUGCACUUUAAUCCAGAAUCCCUCUUUCUCUAUUCAAGUCGAUCCUUACUUCACAGUGAAAAACUAUGAAUACCGUUUCAUUGGUUCCUGCCACGGAUUCAUCUGUUUUGUUGGUGAAAAUCUCACUAGCGACUACUAUAACUUCUGGCUCCAAUUAUGGAACCCAGCCACCCGGACAAAAUCUCAAAAAUUAGGGUUCAUACGCGUAUUUCACCAUCAUCCCAAUGAUGGUUAUUACAAAUUCAACUUUGGUUAUGAUAAUUCUACCGGAACUUAUAAGGCUGUGGCCUUACGUUACAAUCAACGGGAACUGAGAAGCAAUGUCAGAAUUCUAAGUUUGGGUGAUAAUGUUUGGAGAGAUAUUGGAAGUUUCCCUGUUGAUCCUAUGUAUUUGAACUCAGCUUAUCAAACUUGUGAUGUUGGUGUGUAUUUCAAGAGCACUAUUAACUGGCUGGCCAUUCAAAAUCAUUUUUGGUAUGAUUCUAACGAUAUUAAUGAUAUUAGUGUUGAACAAUUUGUUAUUGUUUCGCUUGAUUUGAGGACUGAGACUUACAAUCAAUACUUAUUGCCUCCUGAUUUUGAUGAGGUGCCUCCUCUAGCUCCUAUCGUUAGUGUGUUGGGAGAUUGUCUUUGUUUUUCUUAUUGCUACAAGGAAACUGAUUUUGUUAUAUGGAAGAUGGAGGAAUUUGGAGUUGAAGAUUCUUGGACUCAAUUCCUUAAAAUUAGUUAUUGUAGUCUUCAAAUUGAUUAUGACUAUAGUGACGAAGAUACAAAGUAUAAUUUUGAAUUGGUUCCGCUAUUUCUUUCAAAAGACGGUGAUACACUGGUACUUAAAAGCAAUCAUGAAUACCAAGAAAUUCUUUAUAAUUGGAGAAAUAAUAGAGUAGUGCGAACAAAUAUUACUGCAAGAAAAAAGAUUAUGGAUGAUAGAACCAUCGAUUUUGUGUCGUGCUCGGCCAAUGGCUAUUUUGAAAGCUUACUUUCAGUUAUUUGAGUGACUGCAGAGAGCUCAUACACUAGCACGGGGGAUGAUUUUGUCAUUCAUAUCAGAAGGAAGCUGAACUCUGAUCUACACAACCUUUAGGAUAUGGGUACCAAAUAUAUUUUCAAGUUUCAACAACUUUAGCAUCUCUUUUCAGGCACUUUUUGUUAGCAUCAAAUUUUAUAAUUUCAGAACUAUGUACAGGGUUUAUGUCGGACCGUGUUAUCAAAUAACUAACUUAUACUACAAACCAUGUUCAUGCUAAUAGAUAUAAACAGUUAGAGGUUGUUCUUUGUUAAAUUGAGUUCAUGUGAUUCUCCUCUACUAUAGUAAUACUAACUGAGUGAAUGUCAAUGGAAGCUGAAUGAGAAUUCGAUUACUAUGUUUCUUCUUCCCUUUCUGAAGGUUGGGUUUUAAGAAGCUUUCUGUGAAGUCUGAUUAUAGUAGUGUAAGAUAACAAUGAUGCAUGAGCGGCGGUAUAAUACAUUUCCCUUUGCACAACUAAAACCAUAAUCGAUAGCUUUAGAUAAACAAAGUGACAAAAGAUAACGGUACUUGACAAUUGGUCUAUGUGGAUUCAACAUUUUUUAUAAUACUACAAUAUUUCUAUAUAUUUGCGGACCUAUCAGGGUGUUACAUCUAGCGCCAUGUCCUCUAGUGACGAUUCUUACCUUGUGACUAUGUGUCACACUAAAGUAGAAUUCAUGACACACUUGUAAAUUCCAUCUCUAUAACUUUACUUAGGCGUUGGAGCGUUAAUAUUGUAAUACACCUUAUACAAACGCUGAAGCCAUCCUCUGUCAUUUAGAAGAGCUAUCUUAAUGAUCUUCACCAAUUUACCAUCUAUUUUAUGUCCUCGUAAAAAAAAUUAAUAAUAAAAAUAAGUAUAUUUAUUUAAUUAAUAUAAUAAACUAAAAAUGUUUUUUUAAUACUGUAGAGCCUACUUUUUUUUAAUAAAGUAGGCCUCUAAAUUUUUUUUUUAGACUUUUGUAUUUUAUAAAAUAAAAUUUAUAGGAAAAAUAUGAAGAUUAAGUUGUUGAAUAUUUUUACCAAGAAAAAAUUAAAGAAAAAAAUAAAAAAUAAAAAAGAUAAAAUAAUUUUAUCAGAGGAAACCCUAGAUAUAAAGACAUCAAUAAAUACUUCUUCCUUCGCGGAAGAAGAAAAUAUCACAACUCACACAUUCAUAUACCCAACGCACAACACUAAGAGAAUCUUCAAAAUACCCCCAAAAUUCCAACAUGCAUAUCCGAACUCACCACAUUAUAUAUUUUGAGGGGAUUUUCAGAUAUGAAUGUCCGAAACAACCUUUUGUCAAGAUUAGGGGGUUUCGGAGAUGCAUCUCCGAAUAAAUCCACUUAUUUUAAGUUCAGAGACUUUUCGGAGAUGCAUCUCUGAAUUAGGUUAAUUUACUUACACGACACAAACCCUUUAUUUUGUCUCAUUUCAAACAC